AUGCCGGCAGCCAACGAUUCCACACCAAUGAAACAUCCUAGAAAAGUUGAUGACGCAGAGACCGAAUACCUCGCACGAAUCUGGAGUCCAGAAAUAUCAUGUGAUGUGGAGACAGAAAUUGUGGAAGACAAUAAUAAGUUAAUGAAAGUAAAACUGGCGAAAGAACAGCAACCAACCAACAGUAGUACCAAUAUAGCCGGCGAAACUCAACCAUCUGAUACUCCACCACCAGUAAUGGCAAACUGUAAUGCUAAAUCUAAAAAGUCAAAAAUGAAAGAAUCACCUAGCGCAUCUCAGAAUUCGGCAACGGAUAUACAACUAGUCAUGAAGAUAGAAUGUAUUAUGGUGUG